AUGACGCAGGCUAUCCCACAAGGGAAUCACCAUGCUAUAUUGAUCGGUAUCAAUGCUUACACAGAGCGGCCGCUCCAAGGCAGCGUUAAUGAUGUGCAAUCUAUCAAAGCCAUUUUCGAAGACAGACUCAAUUCAGUCAAGAUCCAGCUUCUCACAGCAACAUUGGGAGAGGGCAAUCAGCCGUUCAUUGAGAACAGGGAGGCUCUGCCGACGCGGGGCAACGUUGUCGCCGCGUUCAACAAUACCAUUCGAGAUGCAACAGCAGGAGACUACGUGUACAUCCAUUACUCUGGGCAUGGCACGAUUGUGAGGCCCAGCCUGGACCCUGAGGAUAUGUUCAGCCUUCCAGGCAAGAGUCUAGCCAAGCUCUUGAAUCGUAUGAUAGACAACGGGCUCAUUUUGACCAUUGUUCUGGAUUGUUGUUUUUCCGCAGCCGUCUAUCGUGAUGAUGACGAGCCUCUCAGUCAGACCAAGUUGCUGGGAAUCCGGUGUCUUGAGCUUAUCAAUACCUCUCACCGAGACCCUUCCUAUGUUGAAGACUACAAUAAAGCCCUUGGCUGGGUGUCCGGUUACCGCAACGCUGACAUGCUUCCGAAUUGGAUGCUCGAUCCAUCCAGGUACUCCAUGCUCAUCGCUGCCGGACCCCAUGAGAUAGCAAAAGAGGUCACGGCAGGCGGACAGAACUUCGGCAAGCUGUCUUACUUUAUUCGAGAGGCUUUUCGUGGAGAAAGAGGUCUAGGGAUCAGGCAAAGGGAUCUUUGUCGCCAUAUUCAAGCAAGAUUCUUUGAAGAAUUCAAGGACCCAGAAGCACGACAAACCCCUUGCCUGUUAGGGAACAAGGAGUUGGGUUUCUUCGGACAGAACAAAGGCGCUGACCUGGGCAAUGAGGGCUUGCAGCACAGAAAGCUGUCCGUUGUCAGAGAUCCACACGAUGCGAAGCGAAUGAUACUUCAAGCGGGACAGGCUCACGGAGUGCGCCUAGGUGAUGAGUUUGUUGUUUGCGUGUCACAAUCUAACCCCGCUAGUUUCAAAGAUGGCUCAACAAGUCAGGUUAUCUUGUCUGUUGUUGAGACAUAUGCGGUCACCUCUAUCCUGAAACCAAAGCAUCCCGAUUGCACAGAAAGUGACCUGUUCCAGAAAAGAAGUGGAGAUUCCAGAAUGACAGUGAUGUCAAGCACGAGGCUCUGUCUGGAAGAAUUCAGCGUGCUUCUUGAUGCAUCUUUGUCCAGAGAACUAGACCCAUGGCACGAGGCAUUAUCAUCGCACUUUCUAAAGCUUUACAAGACCGGUAGCGCAAUUCCAUAUUGCUUCCACAUUUCAAUCACAUGCGAUGAGACGGAGAGGCCUCUUAAAAUCCAGCUCAUCGAUAGCCACGGCCAAGAGUAUAUCAAUAUACCGCCCAUGUUAUAUGAUCGAACAAAUAUCAGCGAUCUCGCCUCUAUUGUUCAACAUCUGGCCAAGCACCUUUUUGUCAAGAACCUGUCCUAUCCUUUACCCUCGCUAGAUAAGUCAUGGUACACCUGGCGGGAGUCUUUCGACGUAUUCAUAAUGGCGAAAAACAGCAGUGUUCGGUACGAGCCGGGGCAGAGCAUAGAGGUUGAAGAGGACCCAAGGAGCAAGCGACCAGCAAUCGAUAUUCGACUCCGAAAUAACGGAUCUAGUGAUCUCUUCGUCUACAUCUACAAUGUCGGCCCUCAAUGGGAAGUAGAACACAUCCAUCACGCCACCUUUGAGAUUCUCUUUUCUGAGUCGAAACGGGUUGCAAACGGCGGGUUCCAGAGAUGUAUGAGCAAGAAGCUACGGACGACAGUGCCAGAUGCGAUCCGGAAGAGUGGCCAGCAGUUUUGCGAUGAUACCAUCAAGGUCAUCGUAACCUCUCAUUGGACGAGCUUCGACAUCUUUGAGCAACCGGCCCUCUAUGUCCUCCAGGAGCGUAGAUCUCAGUCGCACGGUGAACGGUCCGUGAAUCUUGGUCAUGAGAAGUGGGCUGCGUUUGACUUUCCGGUCCGGACAAAGAUCACGGUUGAUGGAGGGACUGCAUAA